AUGGUACAAUGUCACCUUACUACCAGUACCCUCCUGGGUCAUAAAAGAGACCGAACAAGCCAUCUACCCAUUUUUUGGGACAGCAAACGGCCCCUGGUAAACAGGGACACACUAGCUCUCCCUCUCAAAGAAGGUGGUUUCAAUAUCCCUCGCCUUGAAACAAAGAUCCAAGCUCUUCGCAUAAACACGAUAAAGAGGUUACUAUCUGGCGAACAAGCACACUGGAAAAGCUUCACUGCACACUUCUUCUCUAUAUCCAACAUUCGACCAGGUAAAUUAGCACUGGCAAUGGACUACAAAACGGAUCAAAUAGACUGGAAUAUCCCUGCUUUCCAUAAAGAGCUUCUGUCAGCAUGGCACAAGUACGCUCCUAUACGACCCGCACAAAUCUACCCGAGUCUUUUACUGAUGUCCUUAAGUAACCUCUCCACCUAAACUGAUAGCUGAUCCAAACAGAAAACAGACCCAUAUGCCUGGCAGACUGGGUAAAAGCCGGAAUCAUCCGUGUAGCAGACAUAUCCUAUGAGGUAGGCCCCGGUUUUCUUCCGACCCUGGCAAUAUACGAAAUAUUAGCUGAUACAGAAGGACGCACUCUCCUCAGAACAACUAGAGAACAUAGAAAGCUUUUAAACGCCAUCCCUUGUAACUGGAAACGAAAAAUAUCCAACUGA